AUGGAAAAUACUGACGGUGUUAUCUUUAAACAAUUUAACUCCAUCACUGAUUACCAUUCGAUGAUGUUUGAUUUUGGUGUCUUACCAAAACGUUUACGUUCAUCAUCGGAUCGUAGCAAAUAUUACCGCUUGAUUGAAGCCUCGCUUUAUGGUGGGAUUUCCAGUGCGAUCACUCGUUCACUACGUGAUUAUCUACUGCCUGAAAAUGGUGGCGUGCGUAAAGCCUUCCAAGAUAUGGAAGCCGCACUACGUGAAAACCGUAUGACGCUAGAAGCCAUUCGCGUUACUCAAUCAGAUCGUGAUCUAUUCAAACAUUUAAUUACUGAAUCAACUAAUUAUGUUGCUUCUGACUAUAUGCGCCAUGCCAAUGAGCGGCGUAUUCAUAUCGAAUCGGUGCUUGGUUUACGGCGUGAUCUGUUUAAUACCAAAGCGCAAUUACUUGAUAGCCAAUAUCGCCAAGUUGAAAUGGCUAAACAGCUACAAGAAAACCAAGAGGCACAAUCAUCAUUAGAUCAGGAUCACCAAGCGGCGAAUGAUCAUCUUAAUUUAGUGCAAACUGCGUUUCACCGAAGUGUCGACCAUGCUAACGAACAGCAUUUAACCUAUCAAGAACAAGCUGAAGCGACAGAGCAAGAAGUUGACGAAAUCAAAACGCAAUUAGCCGAUUAUCAACAAGCGUUAGAUGUACAACAAACGCGGGCAAUUCAAUAUCAACAAGCAUUACAAGCAUUAGAAAAUGCCAAGAAAAUCUGCCAACUGCCAAAUUUAUCUAUUACUGAUAUUGAACAGCAACAAGCUAUUUUUGCUGAACAAGAAGCGGAAAUUACCGAAACCGUAUUACAGCUAGAACAACGAGUAAGCGUUGCUGGUGCCGCGGUGAAUCAAUUUGAACGAGCUUAUCAACUGGUGGUUAAAUUAGUUGGCGAAGUAACCCGCAGUGAGGCUUGGCAAGCAGCUCGUGAUGCGUUAAAAGAUUGGCCGUCGCAAAGUCACCAAGCACAAUUAGCUGAAAACUUACAACUACAGCUAGAUGAACUUGAACAGCGUUUCUUUGAACAAAAAGAUGCCCAAGAAUUAUUAGCACAAUUUUGUAAGCGGGUUGGACGUAAAGUCGAUUAUGACGAUCUGGAUCAAUUAAAAGAGACAUUGGAAGAGACAUUAGACGAAAAUGUACUUAAAGCCAAUGAAUCGAGUGAAAAACGUAUCGAAGUUCGCCAAGAGUUAGAACAGAUCCAAUUAAAAAUCGCUGAUUAUCAACGCAAAGCGCCAACUUGGCUAAAAGCACAAGAUGGACUGAUCGAGUUAAGAGAACAAGUUGAUGUCGCGCUUAGUUCCAGUCAAGAAGUCACUGGGCAGAUGCAAAAAUUGUUGGAACAAGAACGACAAUUUAUUGUGGAGCGCGAUCGGAUUGUUGCCAGACGUGAUCAGCUCGAUGCGUUAAUUACUCAACUUAACCAACCCAAUGGUGCUGAUGAUAGCCGUUUAAGUGGUUUAGCAGAGCGCUUUAAUGGGGUAUUACUAUCUGAAAUUUAUGAAGAUGUUACCAUUGAUGAUGCGCCUUACUUCUCGGCAUUAUAUGGUCCAUCGCGCCAAGGGAUUGUGGUACCUGAUUUAUCAAAAGUCAAAGAACAACUGGAUCAGCUGGAUGAUUGCCCGGAUGAUCUUUACUUUAUUGAAGGUGACCCAAGCUCGUUUGAUGAUAGCGUUUUUGCUAGUGAAGAGCUAAAUAAUGCAGUAUUGGUUAAAACCGGUGAUCGCCAAUGGCGUUAUUCGCGUUUUCCACAAGUGCCGUUGUUUGGUCGUGCUGCCCGUGAAAAGCAUUUAGACAAACUAAUUAAUGAACGUGAUGAACUGCACGAACGUUAUGCUAACUUAUCAUUUGAUUUGCAAAAAAUUCAGCGCGUUGAACAAAAUUUUAGCCAAUUUAUUGGUCAAUAUUUAGGUGUGGCGUUUGAUAUCGAUCCCGAAGCGGAAAUUCAACGUUUAACCGCACGUCGUAACGAUAUUGAGCGCGCACUCAAUAAUCAACAAACGCAGGAUCGACAAAAUCAACAGCAAGUUGCUGAUAUUAAAGAGCAACUUAAUCUAGUUAAUCGUUUAUUAGCGCAAAUGCAUUUAUUGGCGGAUGAUGAUUUAGCCGAUCGGGUUGAUGAUGUGCGUGAACAGUUGGCGGAAGCGCAAGAAGCGGUAAUUUAUGUUAAUAAAAACCGUAGCGUGGUGACUGAAUUAGAGCCAAUGGUUAAUGUAUUACAAAGCGAUCCAACUCAAAACCAGAAUCUACAGCAACAAUAUGAGCAAAUUAAAACUAAACAACGAACCAUUAAACAACAGUUGUUUGCCUUGACGGAAGUCGCGCAACGCCGCGCUCACUUUAGCUAUACUGAUUCGGCGGGUAUGUUGACCGAAAAUUCCGAUCUUAACGAACAAUUACGUACUCGUUUAGAAACCGUUGAAAAAGAUCGUGUUAAUGCACGUACUAAAAUGCGUCAAUAUCAGGAAUUGUAUAACCAAUAUAAUCAAACCUUAGCGUCGCUAAAAAGUGCUUUUGAAACCAAACGCGAUAUGCUUAAUGACUUAAAGAAAGAGAUUGAGCAAAUUGGUGUAAGGGCAGAUGCGGUGACCGAAGAGCGUGCGCGUCUGCGUCGUGACGAGAUCCAUCAAAAAGUAAAUCAAAAUCGACAAAUGUGUUCUUCACUGGAAAAACAAUUAGUGAUGAGCGAAAGCGAAAUGACUCAAUUACAGAAGAAAUUGCGUCAGGUCGAAAAAGAUUAUGCCCAGCUACGCGAACAAGUGGUACAAGCUAAAGCGGGUUGGUGUAUUGUGUUACGCUUAGUUAAAGAUAAUAGUGUUGAACGCCGUUUACAUCGUCGUGAGCUGGCUUACUUAAGUGGUGAUGAAUUACGUUCGAUGUCGGAUAAAGCAUUAGGUUCACUACGUCAAGCCGUUGCGGAUAACGAACAUCUACGCGAUGUGCUACGUUUAUCGGAAGAUCCAAAACGACCAGAGCGUAAAAUCCAAUUCUAUAUUGCUGUUUAUCAACAUUUGCGUGAACGUAUUCGUCAGGAUAUUGUCAAAACCGAUGAUCCAAUCGAAGCGAUUGAACAGAUGGAAAUUGAAUUGUCUCGCUUAACCGAAGAGUUAACCUCGCGUGAGCAACAGUUAGCCAUCAGUUCGAAGAGUGUGGCUAAUAUUAUUCGUAAAACCAUCCAACGUGAACAAAAUCGUAUUCGCAUGCUAAACCAAGGUUUACAAGCGGUAGCGUUUGGUCAAGUUAAUGGUGUGCGUUUAAAUGUAACUAUUCGCGAAGCCCAUUCAACGUUAUUGAAUGUGUUGUCAGAACAGCAAGAUGAACAUCAAGAUCUAUUUACCAACAAUCGUAUCACCUUCUCGGAAGCGUUGGCAAAACUGUAUCAACGACUCAAUCCACAAAUCGAUAUGGGGCAACGUACAGCCCAAAAUAUUGGUGAAGAGUUACUUGAUUACCGUAACUAUCUAGAAUUAGAUGUGGAAGUUAACCGUGGCGCCGAUGGUUGGUUACGUGCUGAAAGUGGCGCCUUAUCAACCGGUGAAGCGAUCGGUACUGGUAUGUCGAUUUUACUGAUGGUGAUUCAAAGUUGGGAAGAGGAAUCCAAACGCCUACGCAAUAAAGAUAUCUUACCAUGUCGUUUAUUGUUCUUGGAUGAAGCGGCGCGUCUGGAUGCUAAAUCGAUUGCUACCUUGUUUGAGCUAUGUGAAAAACUGGCGAUGCAAUUAAUUAUCGCAGCCCCAGAAAACAUCAGUCCAGAAAAAGGCACCACCUAUAAACUAGUGCGAAAAGUAAUUAACAACCACGAACAUGUCCAUGUAGUGGGAUUAAGAGGAUUUGCAUAA